GACGGCUUCUGUAUAACUCCUGGGCCUGGGGGAAACAGUUUGAUGUAACAGCAGACGCAGGAGGGUCCCCGUCAGAACCAUGUUUUCUGUGAAGUGGGGAUCAGUCCUUUUCCCUGAAGUACCUAGCACACAGGUGUUCUCAGGAAACAACCCAAGACUCAGAGUUCUCCGCGGAGGAAUGCAAAGAACACAGGAAGUCAGUACUCCCAGAAACAGUCUUUGCUGGCGCGCUCACGCCCAACUCCAUCCCGCCCCACUCCCGCCCCGCCCCACCCUCUUGAUUUCUGGCGCCGGUGACUAGGCCCAACGCAGCCUUCAAGUCGGCCCAAACACGGUUUCCGCCUCAAGGAUUAUUUAUAUAACCAUUGCUUAUUGGCUGCUGGCAAACACUCGCUCUUCUCGUUGGCUGAAACUGUCGGGAGAAGUUCUGCGAAGGCUGCUCCUUGCGGCGUUGGGACUGAGGGUCACAGGCACCUGUAUUUCCGUUUCCGGUUCGCCUCCGGAGCCAUGGCGGCGGCACUGAAGUGUCUACUGACAUUAGGAAGAUGGUGCCCCGGCCUUGGAGUAGCUCCCCAGGCCCGGGCGCUCGCCGCCUUAGUACCUGGAGUGACCCAGGUAGAUAACAAGUCCGGUUUCCUGCAGAAGAGGCCUCAUCGCCAGCACCCUGGCAUCCUAAAGCUGCCGCACGUGCGGCUGCCACAGGCACUGGCUAACGGUGCCCAGUUACUGCUACUUGAGAGCGCUGGGCCCACUAUGGAGAAUCAGGUGCAAACACUGACCAGUUAUCUCUGGAGCAGACAUUUGCCUAUAGAGCCAGAGGAGUUGCAAAGACGGGCUAGGCAUCUUGAGAAAAAAUUCCUGGAAAACCCAGACUUAUCUCAGACAGAGGAGAAACUUCGUGGAGCAGUGCUACAUGCACUACGUAAAACUACCUACCAUUGGCAAGAACUGAGCUACACUGAGGGACUGAGCCUGGUGUAUAUGGCAGCAAGACUGGAUGGUGGCUUUGCAGCAGUCUCCAGAGCAUUCCAUGAGAUCCGGGCUCGAAAUCCAGCAUUUCAGCCACAGACUUUGAUGGACUUUGGCUCAGGUACUGGUUCUGUCACCUGGGCUGCUCACAGUAUUUGGGGCCAGAGCCUACGUGAAUAUAUGUGUGUGGACAGAUCAGCUGCCAUGUUGGUUUUGGCAGAAAAACUACUGAAAGGUGGUUCAGAAUCUGGGGAGCCUUAUAUUCCAGGUGUCUUUUUCAGACAGUUUCUACCUGUAUCACCCAAGGUGCAGUUUGAUGUAGUAGUGUCAGCCUUUUCCUUAAGUGAACUGCCCAGCAAGGCUGACCGCACUGAGGUAGUUCAAACCUUAUGGCGUAAGACAGGUCAUUUCCUGGUACUGGUGGAGAAUGGAACAAAAGCUGGGCACAGCCUUCUCAUGGAGGCCAGGGAUCUGGUCCUUAAGGGAAAAGAGAAGUCACCUUUGGACCCUCGACCUGGUUUUGUCUUUGCCCCGUGUCCCCAUGAACUCCCUUGUCCCCAGCUGACCAACCUGGCCUGUAGCUUCUCACAGGCAUACCAUCCCAUCCCCUUCAGCUGGAACAAGAAACCAAAGGAAGAAAAGUUCUCUAUGGUGAUCCUUGCUCGGGGGUCUCCAGAGGAGGCUAAUCGCUGGCCCCGUAUCACUCAGCCUGUCCUUAAACGGCCUCGCCAUGUGCAUUGUCACUUGUGCUGUCCAGAUGGGCAUAUGCAGCAUGCUGUGAUCACAGCCCGCCGGCACGGCAGGUAUGGGGGAUGUGACCAAAAUUAGUGGGAUGUGGCAAGAACCCGCAGCCCACAUUAGCAUCUCGUUUCCAUAGGGAUUUGUAUCGUUGUGCCCGUGUCAGCUCCUGGGGAGAUCUUUUACCUGUGCUUACUCCAUCUGCGUUUCCUCCGUCUACUGCUCAAGAUCCCUCUGAGAGUUGACAAGGAUGUGUAACAAGUAUUUUCUUCUAUCGUGCCUGCCAGGGCUGAAGCUGCCUGGUAUCCAGGAGGGGAAUGCUGGUAUCCCCAUAUGUCUGUGUUUGUUUGAGAUUUUUAAUAAUAAAUAAUACAUUUUUAAAGAA